AUGGGGUUCAUAUUUAAUUUCAUUAAGAGAUUAUUUACAAUAACCAUAAAGACUGUUUUCUUUUUGGUUCUUAUAUCUGCCAUCAUUGUUCUCAUACCCAACUUCCCACCAUACACAAAGUUCACCAGCAUUGAAAUACAAUCUCCACAACCAAGAGUUGGUCCUCUAGCUACCAAUGGGGCCUUAAACAAUUGUGGAAAACUGUAUCCUGGUAAACUAUUGGGACCUGAAGCCUUCCAGAUAUACAAAGGUGAAGUAUACACCAGCUUGGCUACGGGAGAGAUUGUGAAACUGUCUCCACAAGGCCAUGUUACAUUUGUCACCAAAAUUGGGGAACCAUGCAGUGGACUUGUUAAUGAGCACAUUUGUGGCCGACCACUUGGCUUUGUGAUUGAUGAUAAAGAUGGAAACUUAUAUGUAGCUGAUGCAUACUAUGGUAUUUGGAAGGUAAACCUGAACACAAAUAAAAAACAACUUCUAGUGUCUUCAAGAGUUGCCAUACAGGACCGCCUGCCUAAACUUUUUAACUCGGUGGCCUUGGCUAAAAAUGGAGAUUUAUACUGGACCGACUCCACCAGUGAUUUCGGACUAAAAGAUGGAGUAAUAAGCUCCAUAUGUGAUCCUUCAGGAAGAUUGUUCCAUUAUGAUGCUGUCAGAAACCAAAGUAAAGUACUUUUGGACGACUUGUGGUUUGCAAAUGGUGUGGUUGUGUCUCCCAAUGAAGAUUUUGUUUUGGUCUGCGAGACAUUCCGCAGCAGAUUAAUGAAAUACUAUCUCCGUGGACCUAAAAAAGGACAGUCUGAAGUUUUUGUGGAUGGACUGCCAGGCGCCCCCGACAACGCGCGUCCCCUGCCUGACGGCUCUGGUAUCCUGGUUGCGCUAUACACUGUAUUCGAAGAAGACCGACCACCCCUAACGAAAUUGAUGGCGGCCGCGCCAUUAGUUAGGAAGUUGGCAGCGCGUCUUCACAGACUUGUCGAGAUACCGUUGGAAUAUCUUAACAGCCUUUCCCCAAACAUCAUAUUUGAAGAAAUCAUAUAUAGCAUUGGACACUUCAAAACUUUGUCUGGCAUAGCUCCACAAAUGGCUGGACUUGUUCAAUUGGAUUGGGAUGGAAAUAUUGUGGCUACAUAUUAUAACACAGACAAAUCUUUAGGCCCCAUCAGUGACGCCAUUGUGUUCAAUGGCAAGCUGUACACCGGUAGUCCUCAUACACAAGACUAUGUCGGAGCAGUAGAUGCCCCUCCUCAGCUAAAGAAAGCAUUCGAAUCUUUCAAACAAACCGAAACUCCUAAAGUUGAGACAAAGCCUGUUCAACAACCACCCGUGAAGAAGACUGAAGAAAAACCUAAAGCUGCCCCUAAACCUCAGCAAGAGGCCAAGCCCACGACACCACCGCCGCCUAAACCUACUGAAAAGACUACUCCACCACCGCCACCUAAGCCUGUCGAAAAGACUACUCCUCCGCCACCUAAGCCUGUUGAAAAGACUGCUCCUCCACCACCUAAGCCUGUUGAAAAGACUGCUCCUCCACCACCUAAGCCUGUUGAAAAGACUACUCCUCCUCCACCAAAACCUGCCGAAAAGACUCCUCCACCUCCACCCAAACCUGCUGAAAAGACUCCUCCACGUCCACCCAAACCUGCUGAAAAGACUCCUCCACCACCACCAAAACCUGUAGAGAAGGUUUCCCCACCACCACCGAAACCGGCUGAAAAGGCUACUCCGCCUCCACCAAAACCUGCAGAAAAGGCUACACCUCCACCAACAAAGGUUGCUGAUAAGUCUACUCCUCCUCCACCACCAAAACCUGCGGCAAAGGCUUCUCCUCCACCACCUAAGGCUGCGGAGAAACCUUCCCCGCCACCACCAAAACCGGCAGAAAAGACUACACCUCCACCACCAAAGGCAGCCGAGAAACCUUCCUCGCCACCUCCUAAAGCCGCCGAACCUAAAAAAGAAGAACCCAAAGUGCAAACUGCAGAAACUAAACCCAAACCAAUAAAGGAGGAAAUUCCGUCAGACACCAUCAAACCGACUAAGGAAACUUUGAAAGUCAUAAAGAAGGAUGGUCCUGCUGAAAUCCAUGUGCCUGUCCAGUAA